AGUUCCGUGUUCACAAGAAGAACGACGACGAGGACAGCAACAUCGAGAUAUAUUUUCAUUCAUAUAUAUAUUCAACUCCUUAAGCUGAAUGAGCAUGAACUCUGUCUCCUCAUUGCUCCAGAAGUGCACGUUUCUACUACUGUUGUCAUGCCGACCGAGGCUGUUGUGUUUCCCGCUUGUGGUCUCGUCACUUCCGGAAGGGGCAGUGCUGAAGAGAUGAGCCAGAUGUUGGACUGUGUGUCUUUGGCCUCCUACACUGAGUAUCCCACUGAGCGGCCCUUCAUCAACACACACCCUUCUGCAAAACCUGUUAAAGCGUUUCCUGAGAGCAGCAGUGCAGCAAUCCACUCCGCUCUGCAGAACCUACAGCAGAAGAUCCACAGGUUGGAACUGGAGCGAUUGCGAGCAGAACAGAACCUGAGGAAGCUCUCGGGGGAGAGAACUCACACAGGGACCACCCAAGAGAGAGAAAUGAACAAGAACAGGGACUCGCACAGACCCAGGAAACGGGAGGUUGCGUCUCAGUUAGCAGCAGCUGAAGUUAAAUGCACUCUGUUGGAGAAACAGCUGGACUUAAUGAAGAGGACGGUGAGAAGCACGGAGUCUGAUCGAACAACUGUCCUCAAACACCAGGAAUGUGUGCGCGGCUCAAGUGACGUGUGUGAGAAGUUGGAGAAGUUGGAGCAGGAGUACAGGAGACUGACACGCACUCAGAACAAUGCUGAGGCCAAAAUCCGAGAGCUGGAGUAUAAACUGCAGGAGGAGGAACACCACAGGAAACUCAUACAGGAUAAAGCUGCUCAGUUACAGACAGGCCUUGAAGCCAAUCGUAUUCUGAUUGAGUCCGUGUCGACCCACCCACACCGCUCCUCCAAGAGCACAAAGAAGAAACUGUCAUCAAAGAAGCCUUUACAGCAGAGACAUUCUCACACACAGCCUCACUACAGACUGAGUCUGGGGGAUGUACCGUUUGUGGCUGGAACAUCCACAGGGGCGAGUCACUCUGUCCGUGCUAACGUGCAGCACGUCCUCCAUCUCCUGAAGCAACACAACCGUCAGCUGUGUAAUGAGCGUGUGCUGGGAGCCACGCCCCUGACAAAUGGGAAAGAGGCUUCAGAGCAUCGGUCAUGCAGUAGCUCCUCCUCCUUCUCCUCCUCUUCUUCCUGUAGUGAGGAGCUUUCAGAGCUGCUGCAGGCUCUACAGGAUGAGUUUGCACAUAUCAGCUUCGAGCACCAGGAGCUGGGGAAGCAGGUCCAGGCGUGUCGUUCUGACAGACUGAGGCAGGAUUUGGAACGAGAGAGAGAGAACCUGGUGAAGAAGAUGGAGGAAAAAGGAGAACAGAUCGCUAAGGUGCGACGACAUCAGGCUCAGGUGGAGAAGUUGAAGAAGCAGUCUCAUCAGCGUGAAGGAAAGCUGAAGGUCAAGUCCAGACCUGGAGAGCGCAGUAAGGACAGUCUGCGUCUGCUCAAAGAUAUGCGCACACUGCAGACCUCACUGUGCACGGACCAGCACCACUGGGAUUACUGACACUUGCACACACCUCUCACCAGGAAUCAGAAGGGACUAGCUCAGGUUUGUGGUGUGGAUGCACACCGGGAAGUUUGAAUUGUACAGAAACCAGAGUUCACUGUCAAGAACGGUUUUUAUUUCUGUGCUAAAAAACGAACACGGUGUACCACAAGUCCAGUGUCAGAGGAGAAAAAAUACACACAGCAACAUAAAAGCUUUUAUUUUAUAUAGAACAUGUACAAUACACCCACUGAAUACACAAUUCGAAUGAUUUGGAGGCAUUCUUUCCUCAGAUCCAUCAUCUCUGUAAAUAUAUUAAAAUAUAAAUUAACCCCAUGAUGCUGGAUUUGUGGGAAACGCUGCAUUAUUAAACCAUAAAACUCAACACGUUUUAAGAAGAUUGUUUAUACUGAAAAAUCAAAGAUCGCAGAUGAGCAGUGAGACCUGGAAAUUGUAAGGGUCAGGAAUUCACAGAAAUGUCGGACCUUUAAAAAUCUAAGGUCUUGAAAAGGUAAGAGUUAUAGAGUUAGCGCUUCAAUAAAAAUUGAAUAAUAAUAAUUGUUAAUAAUUACAGCGACGCAGCAGAUGUUCAAAUGCAGGGGUUCUUAAGCUUUUCACAGUCAGGACAACUAACUGGGGGGGAAAAGGUUAUAAAAUACUAAAUUGUUUAUUCAAACUAGAGAUUAUUAUUAUUUUUUAUUUCUGAUUUUUUUCUCCCAUAGAAACAGUUUCUAUAAAAAAAAAAAUUCAGUUACUCAUCUCAUUAUCUGUAGCCGCUUUAUCCUUCUACAGGGUCGCAGGCAAGCUGGAGCCUAUCCCAGCUGACUACGGGCGAAAGGCGGGGUACACCCUGGACAAGUCGCCAGGUCAUCACAGGGCUGACACAUAGACACAGACAACCAUUCACACUCACAUUCACACCUACGCUCAAUUUAGGCCCAAUCCCAAUUCUAAUUUCUACCCCUCCCCCUCCCCCUUCCCCUCCGCCUUCCCCUUGGCCCUUCCCCUUGAAACUGAGCUACAAGGGAUAGGGCUUGAAAUUCAACCUUUACGUAUUGGGAUAGCCCUUCAACGAUCGCAUACGUCAUCGCGUACCUCCGUCAGCGUUUACGUUAGCAAAACGCGACGCGUCAUUGGCUGCGACCAGCCGCUACAGUCAGAGCCAGAGGCAGAAAUCUCUGCUGGCAGGGUGUGAUUUGUUAACUAACACCACUGAAUGGGAUAUCUUUGGCGCUUCGUGCACCACAUCCGACAGAAUGAGGUGUCAGAACACUCAUGUAAACAAUAAAAGCGAGAAUAACAGAACAAAACGUACGCAGUAAAGCAACCGAAAACAAUACUCACUCCCAAAGCUUUUUAGCAGCAGCUUGGAUUUCAGAAAUCGCUGCUCAUUCUCAGCUCGAAAGCGAAUCAAGCGGCGUGUUUCCUCUGGAUAACAACUUAAAACACGUAAAUAAUGGAGAAAAUACAUUUAUGACAAUCUUUCGCCGCGGGAACCGCCAUCUUUCUGAAAUCCGCAUGGCAUUGUGGGAAAUCACUCAAACCCCUUCGUUCGGAGUCAGCUCCAGGAAAAUCUCCGUUUGGAGGGGUACAGAAGCCCUCCCCCUUCCCCUACCCCUCCGCGUUAACUGGGAUUGGGAUACCCCUACCCCUUCACGUGAACGCGCAAAAUGGAGGGGUUGGUCCAAGGGGUGAAAUGAGAUUCGGCCUUAGAGUCACCAGUUAACCUAACCUGCAUGUCUUUGGACUGUGGGGGAAACCGGAGCACCCGGAGGAAACCCACGUGGACAACAUGCAAACUCCACACAGAAAGGCCCUCGCCGGCCAUGGGGCUCGAACCCAGGACCUUCUUGCUGUGAGGCGACAGCGCUAACCACUACACCACCGUGCCGCCCAAAUUCAGUUACUUAUAAGGAUAAUGAAGUUCAUUUCCACCACUGUGAUUAAAGGAAAAACGCCACAUGUUUAAGAACCAAGGGUCUAGUAUAAAGUUAAGUGCUUUAGUAUCUAAUUACAUAAAACAGUACAACAAAUUUAAACUGCACUAACCUACAGCAGUCAGAACAUCAUUUAAUCAUUGCAUCAUUUAUUUUUUACUUUACCAUAAAAUUGGUGCUUUUUCUGAUGACGACAUCUCAUGCAUUAAAUCGUAGGUGUUUGGUUAAUUUAGUAAGACAUUUGUUUUGUACCACACAGGCCUUAAACAAGAUUUCUCGACUAACUCGUAUCAUCCCAGUAAACACAGUGUUUGGUAAUGGACUGAAACCGUAACUGUAUAUAUGGUCUUUAUGGACUAACACACUGUGGAUUAUUCUCAGUGAAUUUUAAUGAGUGUAAGUGUAAUACUCCAGGUAAGUGCGCUCUGUGUGGGGGGGCAAUGAGCAGGUCAAUAUUCAGUGUUCAGAUUUAACCACAUUAAAAAUGCAACAUGUAUAAACCUGAGACGAAGCUCAUCUGGUUGAAAUGAACAGAUAAAUGACUGACAAAAAGACUUGAAAAGGAGAUACUGCAUCCAUAUGUAUCAUCAUGAGAAAAAUGGAUCAAAAUGGUAUUCGUUAUUAUCCUUACAGUAAAAGCAGGGGCAGCAGAAUUGUGAGUAAAUCUCCACACCGUUUUUGUGCAGAAAUGAGUUGUAUUCCAUACCCAGGGGUGCCAACUUUAUGAUUUUUUGAGCCAUUGUUACACUGAUACCAGAGACCCCUAUGAAGAACACUUUUAUGAUUUUUUUCAGUUAAAAUAACAGUCAGAACAAGGAGAGAAAGUUUGUAGGACAUGAAGAAAAUCCACAUGCUUCCACGACUGUAACUCGGUGAACUUUAACCAGUAAAUUCACUUCCUCUGGACUUGAGUCAAAAGAAAUCAAGAAGGCAGGACUUUAAGGGAAAACACUUUGGCAGUUUUUUAAAAGUAGCAUCUCCUGGACCUUUUGCCUCUUUGGGGUGUGUGUGUGUGUCCCUUACUUGGAGUGUGUCUGUCUGUAAACAGCAAGCUCAUGUUACUCACAUUGGCCUAAAUCACUCACCAUUAAGAUAAUGUUAAUUUUGCUAUAAAGUAAGAUUUUAUACUUUGUAAAUACAAGCAGUUGUGCAGACUGCGAUUAAAUAUCAGUUUAUCCCAAAUACAUUUUAUAGUUUAUGCUCUUGGUGUGGAGCCGUUCUGUGCUGAGGUAAAAAUCCCUUUAAUAAAAUAGUUUCUUUCAUCCUGUUCAGAUUUUCACGUUAGUGACGGUGAAUGGAGUUCAUUUCCACCACUGUGAUAAAAGGAAAAACGCCACAUUUCUCAGAGGAGAAAAAAUACACACAGCAACAUAGUGAUGGUGGCACCCCUGUGUACAGGAGCAGUACAAACCCUGUUGGCAGAGUGAUGUGUUAAUCAGGGAACAGUGAUCAGUUUAUCAGGAUCUGAUCUGUGUUUAGGAUGGAUUAAUAAUCUUCUGAAAUUGUUUAUUUUAAUGAAUUUUGAAGAUGAUGGAACAGGAUAAAGCGGCUAGAGGAGAUGAGAUGGAUUUAAAGAAAACCAAGACCUGCAGUAUUUUUUUUAAAACAAUUCCAAGAAAAAAUAAAUAUAUAUAUAUAUAUAUAUAUAUAUAUAUAUAUAUAUAUAUAUAUAUAUAUAUAUAUAUAUAAAAAACACACAUACAUACAGUUAGGUCCAGAAAUAUUUGGACAGAGGCAACAUUUUUCUAAUUUUGGUUCUGUACAUUAUCACAAUGAAUUUUGAACAAAAUUCAGAUGCAGUUGAAGUUCAGACUUUCAGCUUUAAUUCAGUGGGUUGAACAAAAUGAUUGCAUAAAAAUGUGAGGAACUAAAGCAUUUUUUAAACACAAUCCCUUCAUUUCAGGGGCUCAAAAGUAAUUGGACAAAUUAAAUAAUUGUAAAUAAAAUGUUCAUUUCUAAUACUUGGUUGAAAA